AAAGGGGAUCCCUCCCUUAAUUUUAUUUCCUAAAACAAAGUGAUCUGCUCACAGCUCAUUUUGAUUCUCAAUUUAGCACAUUGUGUAGCAUUAAUGAGAGACGCAAAACUUGAAUUAACGUCGAUACAUUUCUUUUAAGAAAUGGUUCACAGCUAACAGUGUUGCAUUAACGGGGUUGCAGAGAUCCGCGUGCAUGUAAACAUGGGCACUUCAGUGCGCGGUUAACGUUUUCCGGUACCGCCGUACUAAAUGAUGGAUAUUUGUCUUUAAACUCAGAUCUCUUCAUUCUCUUCUCCUUCUGCCUGAGUGUCAGUCAUGGACAGCACUAAAGUCACUCUGACAGUCAGAGGGACCACAGAACUGGGCGAGGUGAUCGCAGUGGUUGGCAGUUGUGAAACCCUGGGUGGCUGGUGUCAUCAAAAAGCUGUGACCCUGCAGCUAGCAGAGGAGGAUGGCACCUUGUGGAGAACAACCGUUGAGGUUCCUAGAGGAGAUGAAACCAAAUAUCGCUAUUUCAAGGGAUUCAUUUUGGAAUCCAAGAAUGCAGGUGGGCCAUGUCAAGUCAUAGUCAAUAGAUGGGAGACCCAUCAGCUGCCACGCUCAUUGAGUCCCUCAGAAUCUGAGCUCCUGAUUGACGAUGGACAUUUUGGAGUCCAUAAUGGCAUUGAGUGUGUGGACUCUGGCUGGUUGACGUGCCAGACAGAAAUUCGUCUCAGGCUGCAUUACUCUGUGAAAACUCCAGUGUCUAUUACCAAGAAAAAGUUUAAGACAUCACGCUUCAGAUUGAAGCUGAUGCUGGAAGGUAUCGAGGAGGAAGAAGAGGAAAGCCCUUCAUCAUGGCAUAAGAUGACCUCUACACUGGAGACCAGUAUGAUCAGCGACAGCGGAUAUAAGUCUCGUCAUUCCCAGCCAGAAUGUGGAUAUGCCCUUGAACCUUCCCGGUGGACCGAAUACAGUAUUCACACCAUGGACCCCGACAACCUAGAGCUCACCUUUGAGUUCUUUGAGGAGGAUCUGAGUGAGGCCGUGGUUCAGGGUGAUGUCCAUCCAGGUCACAUGGGCACCGCAAUCCUCUUGUCAUCCUCUUUUAGGGAGAGUGGCAAAGAUCAGGGUGUGGUCACCCUACCCAUCAUGAGUCGCAAUGCCAGACAAACUCUUGGAAAAGUCAGAGUGGAUUACUUGGUGACGCGUCCUAUUCAAGACUUUCAGUGUGACAUGAGUCAGUCUUUUGCCAAAUACUGGAAGAAAAGGAGCCCUCUGGAUGUUGGACACAGAGGAGCAGGAAGCACUCAUGCUCACAAGCAUCACAAGAUCAGGGAAAACACAAUUGCCUCAUUUCUAAGUGCGGCCAACCAUGGAGCUGCUUAUGUAGAGUUUGAUGUUCAUCUCUCUAAAGAUUUAGUUCCAGUUGUAUACCAUGAUCUCACCUGCUGUAUUUCUACUAAAAAGAAAACCGACAAGAACUCUAUGUUACUGGUUGAAGUUCCUGUCAAAGAUCUUACAUUUGAUCAACUUCAGCUUUUAAAACUGGCCCACACAGCUGCCAUGGAAGUGCAUGACCACAAAGACUUGCAGGAUGAAGAGGAGUAUGUAGAUGAGUACCAGCCUUUCCCUUCCCUUUCACAGAUAUUCCAGGCUGUUCCAGAUCAUGUGGGAUUCAACAUUGAACUGAAGUGGAUUUGUCAGUUCAAGGAUGGCUCCUGGGAUGCAAAACUCUCCACCUACUUCAACAUGAAUCAGUUCUUAGACAUCAUUCUCACGUGUGUGCUGCAGAACGCCGGCAAUAGGAAAAUAGUCUUCUCAUGUUUUGAUCCUGAUAUCUGCACUAUGGUGAGGCAAAAACAAAACAAAUAUCCCAUCCUGUUUCUGACCCAAGGAGUGACCGACCUCUACCCUGAACUCAUGGACAUCCGCUGUCAGAGCACUAAGAUCGCCAUGAGCUUUGCUCAGAGUGAGAACAUACUGGGAAUCAGCGCCCACACUGAUGAGCUCUUACGAAACAUGGAGUUCAUCAUAGAGGCUCAGUCUAAAGGGUUGGUGGUCUUCUGCUGGGGCGACUACAACAACGACCAUGAGAACAGGAUGAAGUUGAGGGAACAUGGCAUUGAUGGCCUCAUAUAUGACAGAAUCUGCGACGACAAGCUCGAGCAACCAGACAUUUUCAAUGUAGAGGAACAGGGUGGAACGCUAAAGGAGGUCAUUCAAACCUGUGCCUGCUCCUCCUACAGCAUUCCCUGCUCCUCCAUUCCGUGCGCAGGGAAAGUCCAGGAGGCCAACGGGGAAUCCGAUUCCGGCCUCAGUUCCUCUUGAGACCCACACAGCCAGUCCAGAUUCACUCUAUGUCUAUAAUCUUCCCACAAUGCACCAGAACUAACGCACAAUUUCACUCCGUCCUUAAGCCAAACUUAAGCCUGAGAUGUUUUAGAGUGCAAUCACGCAUAAAGAAUGAUAUUGGGGACAAUUACACAAUGCUAGCUUACACAAGGGCAAUAUAUUUACUUUGUUUAGACAAUUUGCUGUAUAUCUGGAUGCAGAAAAUGGUGUAUACAAUGUGUAAUGUUUGUUUUAUAAUUCUUAAUAUUCUUGGGAACGCUUUCAGAUUUUUUCCUCUUCAGUAUUUAUUGAUUUCUUUAUUUGCGGAAUGAGUAUUGAACAUUAACACCCGGUGUAGUAUUUAAAAUUUCAUGAAUUUUUCACGAACAAAAAAAAUGCAGGAUUAUACCACUCAAAUAUAUUAAAAUGAUUUAAAAUAGCAUUUUCAUUUCAGUUGCUAAAUGAGAGGCCUGCCUCUUUAAAAAUCUCUUUAAAGAUUUUGAGAGUUUUGUCUUUAAAAAGACACUCAUAAACAUGUUCCUUCACUGUAUAUUGUAAUUAUUUCUCCACUACUGGAUCCCUCCACAGAUUCACUGAUGGUUUCAACUGAACAAAAUUUCAUCUAUUUUUAUUCAGAUAUGCAAUUGACCUAAUUGCCCUUUACUUUAAAUGGGUGUAUAUUUGAAUGAAUGUGCCUGUAAACCUGUAUUCUGUGCUGAGCGUCAGUGUGGUCUCAUCUCUCAGCAUGUUAUUCAUACUGCUUCCUUACUGCAGGGAAGUGAAAUCAUGCAUGUUUGCUCUCCAUUUGACUCCAGCAACUUGCUGUAUGAAUCCACACUCAGGCCUGGUUUCACAGACAGGCCUUAGGUUAAACCAGGAUUUGGCAAACAUUCAAUUAGGACAAUUAAAUAACUUUUUAUAAAUGUGCCUAAGAUAAAAACACUACUGCUGUGCAUCUUGAGACAAAUCAAUGGCACUGACAGAUGUUAAGAUCAGUCAGUGCAAGUUUCUUUCAGUUAUAACAGCCCAGACAUGUGUUUUAGUCUGGGACUAGGCUUAAGCCUCGUCUCUGUGAAACCGAGGGUCAGUGUUGUGGAUGUCAACAUGCCAACAUGAUCCAGAACAAUGCUCUGAGAGCCAGAAUAAACAUGUUUAAAACCAAUGAAA